CUCACAGGCCCUUCUUUAUUCUAUCUUCCGAAAUUAAUUUUCUUUCUUUCCCCCGUUCUUGGUUCCUUUGAUUCAACUUUAAUUCGCUGAAUUCUGUUUGGUCUUGUACUUGUUGGGUGCAGUAAGUACAUCUAUUUGAUUGAACUACAAGAAGUAAAGCCGAAGUCUUAAGUAGUCUUUUCUUUAUGAAAGGGAAGCUAUCGAACUCAAAAAUAUGUCCGAGUUCGACAGCUUCGUUAAGACGGCCGUUGCCAUGGCUGGGGAGGAUGUGGACCCCGAGUGGCUAAAAGAACUGUGGGAUGGCGCUGAUGGGGAUGCAAACAGGUACUUCAGUUGUACUCAUGUGAUUAUCUAUUCGACGUGCUCGUGAAACGAGUUUUUCCAUUGUAAAAGUCGUCAACAUGGACAUUUUUUUUCUGAAGAAUUGACUCUUUCUUAUUGUUUACCAUCCUCUGUAUCGUUCGAUCAAACAGAGCCGUCAACCACCUUCUGGACACGCCGGAGAACAAAUUCAGACGGAAAGCCGCUUCCGCUUCCGCACCAGCAGCACCAGAGAAGAAGAAGAAACAAAAACGUAGCAGUAGCAAUGAUCCACCAGCGGCGGCGAGUGCGCCACCAGCUGCCACGAGUACGUUGAAUUUUGAGCCUGUGGGACCUGGUUUGUCGGCAACCGGACCAGCUGGGAUGAUGGGUGUAGCAAAUAGUGGUGGAGGUCGUAAUUUUCAUCAAAAUCCUAUGGGUCCAGGGCCAGGAGGAGUUCCUGAAAUGGCUUCUAUGGCUGGUAUGAAUUACGGAGGAAUGAGUGCUCCGCCAGCUCCGGGUAACUAUGGAGCUCUUGCAAACAAUUAUAUGCCAGCAGGAGCGAUGCCGAUGCAGCAGAGCGCACUUGUAGGUGGCUACGGUAUGCCGCCGCAGGCGAACAACUUCUAUCCCGGAGUUUCCUCAGGAGCUAGUGGCAUGUAUCCUGGAAACCCGGGAGUUCCGCAACAGGGACUGCCAGCUUCUGCUAUGUCCGCAGGACAUGCUGCUUGUCGAUUUUCUUCAACUUCCGGAGGUCAGAAUGGUUUUCAGGGAGCAAAUAGCUACGUCCCGUUUCCGGGUGAACAACAACAGCAGCAAAGUGUAGGACAAGUGCCGCAGAGAAAUCCGGGAUCGCCUGUUGGAGCGGGGAAGGUAUUAUAAAAGCAGUUAUUCGGGUCAUUUUCCUAUAUGACUUGCAAGUCGAUUUUUUUUUAUGAUGAUCCUUUGGUCUUCCACGGUCUACCUCAUUAUGAUGAGCCCCACUUCUUCUUUUUGCAGAAAAAUCAUCCACUAUUUUGGACAACUCAGGGAGUACUUACUUCGAAACAAUGCAUUUACUGAAGUAGGACAUAAAAGCGCCACCUUGUCGAAAGAUGCUAGGAAUCUCGUAUUGGUAAAAAACGAUCUAUCAUUUGAUUGCCAAAAAUGUCAGAUCGAUGACGGCGCACGAGGAGUUCUGUCUGGGGUUAGCGCGAUGCCGAGCCUACCGUUAGAAGCCAUGGCUGAAAAGCAGACGAACCUCCAGGUACUAUUAAACCACGUUGUAGAAGGUCAAUGAACUUUUUUCUCUUGAGGAUGAGUUUUCCCGCCGAGUAUGCAGAGUCAAGUGUUAAGUUGGCGCUCGUAAACACGCCUUUGUAGUGUCUUUCUUAUACAAACUUGGAACUUCCUCAAUCUCUAUCUUCAUCGCACAACUCUUUUCCCCCUCGUCAGGCGCAAUUAUUUACGCAGCAGCAAAUGAUGUCGAAUAUGCGAAAUAUUAUGCUUUUGCAGCAAUUUAAGAACCGGCUUCGCUUAAAAGACAACGGUAAAGAGUGGUGGAAAACGGAAGUAGGUGAAGACGAAUUAAGAGUCCUAGAAGGUGGAAAUCCAUUUCUAGGUGCUUCGAGAGCAAGGAGAUCUUCGGUUAGUGUUGAUGGGAGGAAGAAACAAAGUAGUGCUACAUCAGCUCCAGCAGGAGAGCAAGGAGUGGAACAUCAAGCAAGGGCCAUUGGGGCAAGGGGAUCAGCAGCCACAAGUUUGAUGUCCUCGACAAGGAAUAGUCCUUUAGCUGCUCACGCGGUUGCCCCCUCCGCAGCUACAGUUAGUGUCUCGAGGAAAAAAGAAGCCAAAGAGGGGAAAGCCCGCAAAGUCGAGAAGAUCGUGAACUACAUUCUCAGUGGGAAAGAUUGUUCAGAUCAAGCAUCGCGUAGCAGCUCCAAGACCUGUUCUCUACUCCAAUCGUCUCCUGUAGGACAAGCACAACUCCCUCCUAGUACACCACGACGACUGAAGCAGAAGGCGGAGGCGAUGCUUUUUGACUUGUUAGGAGAAGCAGGAGAGCAGGAAAUCGUAGCGGGUAGUGGAGUGAACUCUUCAUCCACCUCUAGGCAACAAGUAGUGGAUCCGCGAGCUGUGCUUUUGCUCUUAGAAGAUUCAGCACUAGGGCAACAGAGACGCGGUGGAGCUAAUGGUGCUACCAUGUUGAAGACACCAACUCGCGGAUCUCCAAAACUUGGUUCUGCUAGAGCAACGCCACCAGAGAUGACGAAAACCUCUAAGAAUCUUCAGGGUUCGUCGAACGUCAGUUCUGCAGCUAAACAGGGAGGUUCCCCGACUGAGAACAUGGCUCUAGCAAGUCCUUCUGGAGCUGUGGGGAUGGGGAUGAUCUCCAAUACUGGAGCUUUCGGCGGACUUCGUGUCAUGCGAAAUCUCCUCGCGCAGUUGGAGGAGGCUACCUGUGCGAAUGAAGACAAGGCCGAACUGGCGCGUGCAGAUGAUAAUUGUGAACGACAAAGCGUGCGCGACCUGUUAAGGGAGUUGAAAGAGAAAGCCAUUAACCGUGAUAGUACGGCAGGCCUUGGUCAUGGAUCAGCGUCGUCAGGGAGUGAAGUAGCUGGUGGAGGAAGCGCAGCACCAUCAUUCGCAACUGGAGGAAGUGGACCUGGCAUGCAAAUGAUUGCUAGAGGUGGAACUGCUAAUAGAGCAACUUCGAGUACCUCAUCAGCGAGUAGUAGCUCUGGUGCCGCUCAUAUCUCUGUCGUGGAUACUAAGAAAACCGAUGCGUACGAAGCAGCCUGGAGGAAUUUUGUGGCGAGUGAGAACACCGAAGCUGGGACGAGUGCUUUGAUGGGCAGUCCCAAGCCAGUGGUAACUACUAGCAGAUACUUCGAUCCCAUGCCAGGCUAUAUGACUUUGCUAUUGCCAAAGAGCGAAGUGACGAAUGAACCUAGACCAGUAUCGCCUGCUUUGGGCUUGAUAUUGCCACGAUCGGCAGAACAACAUUCAGCACUGCUAGGAAGAGGAGCUCAACAACCUUUCCCUCAUCCAGUAGAACAGAAUCCACAACAAGCAGGUUUGUUGGCAUUGCAGCAGCAACAAGCUUUAUUAGCAGCUUCUGCUCAGCAGCAACAGCAGCAACAACAACAACAGUCGCUACUGGCUUUGCGACAGCAGCAAGAGCAGGCUGAGUUGCUAAGACGGCAGCAGGAACAACAACAGUUAGCUGCACUGCAAGAGGCAGAAUUGCUAAGACAACAACAGGCAGAAGCUGUCAGACAACAACAAAUUGCAGCAUUGCAAGAGGCUGAACGACAACAAGCUUUGCUCAAACAAGCAGAAGCUGAACGCGCAGCACAAUUUCUAGCUGCCCAACAGCAGCAACAACAACAAGCAGCAGCUUUAGCAGCUUUGGAAUUACAGAGACAACAGCAACAACAAGCUCAAGCUCAAGCUCAUCUGAAUAUGUUGCAACAGCAACAAGCACAACAGCUAGAAAAAGACCGCUUGACCACAGCGUUAUUACUUCAACAGCAACAAGACCCUUCCCUAGGUGGUGGGUUAGCUGGGAGUUACGGCUUGGGCCAGGUAGCAGACUACUUUAGCGUCGAUGGUGUUAGACAGCCGAGCUUGUUGGAUCCUGGCAGGAUUGACUCGCGAGCUACUCUAGGCAACAGCAUGGGAUGGGCGAUGAUGCAAUGCUAGUUGGUGGUUGUGUGUAGUAAAACCGAUACUUGACUUAUUCUAUUUGGGACUGAUCACCUUGUAUGAUAAUUGAUCACCUUGUACAGAAAGUUUCGGACCAUGACGCAUCUAUUGGCACUUACUGACACAAUGUCUUUUUGGCACCAUGAUAUUACAAUGAAAUAAAAUGUAACAAACAUCUUGAUGUUUUUGAAAAUAGGUUUGUUUUCAGUCCUUUUUGAUGAUGAUAAACAUGUCACAACAGGUCGCAAGACAAACACUACUUCUAGAAACUCUUUGAAUGCCAUUUAGCAGAUACAGAGAAUGUCAUACAGCAGUUACAGAGAAUGUCAUAUAGCAGUUACAGAGAAUGUCAUAUAGCAGUUACAGUUACAGGUUACCGACCACUAUCAAACACCAGCUCAUUUUACCUUAUCAAUUGGACAACUUUUAAACCACAUCUUAUUUAUCAAUUUGCGCAAAAGAGAAUGGCAAUGAAAUUUGUAAGAAAAUGAACGAUUGAUAAUGCACAGAAGAAGAAUGA